UUUUCGCGCGCGCCUCGUGUAUGGACCCCCUCUUACUUCUCCCUUCUCUCCUUCUUCCAUCGCACAAUGUUUUUUCCUUCUUCUGCUUUUUUGAGUUGUACCUCGUCUUACGCCUGGGUGAAACCACAUACACCAGCCGUCCGAUCAUUCGCGAGCCGUCGGAAAGCUACAUGUUAGUGCAUCAAAUUUCCUUCAAAUACCAAUCAUCUUUCUCCGGGAAUUUCUGUAGUAAAACCAAAGAGACGGCUAGAAAAGUCACUUUCCCCAGUAGUUUCGAAUAUUUUUCUCCAUCGCGAUGUGGGGAAAAGAGACAUUUUACAUCGAGCGUAUCUAAAAAAAUUACUUAGCUCACACAACAAAAUGAAAAUCAUAAAUCGUCAUAAAGGCGAUAAUUUCAUAAAACAGUAGUGAAAUUUAAUAAAAAAAAAAAAAAAUCAACCAGAUAUCACUCUAAUAUUGGGUAUAAUGAUCAUGCUUAUUUAUGAUCCUCUUACACAUCAUUUUCUACCAUCAGACCUAAACCCUAUACGGAAAAUAUGUACAUUGCUCAACAGAUAUCCUUUGAAUCCUGCAAUUAGACAAGUAUAAGAGUGGAUGAUGAGUGAAUACACUUUCAAUGUAAAUUCAUAAAUGUUUAGCACCCCUCACCUAUAACAUUAGCUCGAUGCUUCGCUGUUCUGUAAAGACAAAAGAUGAAAACUGUCAUGGCGUCUGUCGACUGCUGUCUGUAUCUACUUUGGAGUUUAACUGCGGCAACUUGCAGUCCAUUAAGUACUGAUGGAGGUGGAUUUAAUGAUGUAUAUCAUGGGCGGUACACAAGAGAUGUCAGAAAGCCAGAGUUAGUUGUGCCAAGACGGGCGAAUGCUGAUGGAAGUUUCAACACAUUUGCACUGGCAAGUUUUUAUAAUCGAAUUGAAGUGAUGGAGAGAGACAAAAGAUGGACGAAUUCAAAUGUGGAUAAGUUACAUUUGAUCCUGCCAUUCAAUGGGGUUGAUCAUCAUUUAGAGUUGACACCAUAUCAUGACUUCAUUUCACCGGAAAUGGUCAUUGAGACAAGGGGUGAUGGGCCAGUGAACGAUUUGAAUGCCCGACUGAGAUUCAAGAGAGUUUCCGAUAGCCAAUGUCAUUACAGAGGUUUUGUUAGGCGCCAUUCUAAUUCACGGGCUGCCUUGUCUCUUUGCGAUGGCGUGGCUGGAUACAUUCAAACGGAUCAUGGUAGAUAUUUUAUUGAGCCAAUGAGUGAAUCAAAGCCGGGAAAAGAUGGCCAACAUGUUCACAUGAUUUACAAACGCCAAGCACCAACUGAAAAAGAUUCACCAAAAGGUCUAUGUGGAACUGGCAAUGACUGGGAAUCGGCAUGGGCGGAGCAGUUGACCAAGAGGCAACAACGUUUGAUCGAGACUCGUAAUUCAGGGUCAUUGAAACGAGCUGAUGGUAAAAAACCGAGCUCUGGUACACACAGUAUUCAUCGUUUCAUUGAAAUCGGAGUCGUGGCUGAUAAAAAGUUUCUCGAUUAUUACAAGGGUACUGACUACGAGAAAUAUUUACUCACUAUUAUGAAUAUGGUUUCUGAUUUUUAUCACGAUUCAUCGGUGGGAAACCAAAUUGAUAUUGUUGUUGUGAAGAUCACUUAUCUAGAAGCCGAGAAAAAAGAGAUUGAUUUAACCAUUUCACCAAAAGCGGAAGAAACGUUGGAGAGCUUCGCAGCGUGGUCUGAAAAAAUGAAUCCCAAAGAUAAAACUCAUCCAAAUCAUUUCGAUAUAUCAAUUCUCAUCACUAGACACGAUAUCUGCUCCGCGGAAUCUGGAUGUACUCUGAUGGGUUUGGCAUACGUAGCGGCGGCGUGCGAUCCCCCAAAAGCCGCUGCCAUAAACGAAGACUCCGGUCUUCUUCUCGGUAUUGUGGUAGCUCACGAAGUUGGUCACGUCAUGGGCUGUAGCCACGAUGAAGAAGAUGUAAGUGGUUGUCCACCUCAGGAUAAAGAUCAGAGUUACUUCCUCAUGUCUCCUAUUGUCUUCAUUUAUACUAUUCGGUGGUCCACGUGUAGCAGAAAGUUCAUCACAAAUUUACUUGAGAGUGGCUUAGGCGAGUGUUUGAAUAAUGAUCCAAGAAAUCCUCCUGCUAAAUACAAACUCCCGAAUAUGCUUCCGGGGGCUAUGUACGAUGCCGAUUUUCAAUGCAACCUGCAGGAGAAGGGAUCGGUCAUUUGUCCACGUGGACAGGAGCUAGCCUGUGAACAACUGUGGUGUAAAAAUGGUACAAAAUGUUUCUCCAAUAAUGCACCCCCUGCAGAAGGUACCAAGUGUGGAGAGAACAAGUGGUGUAUAAAGAAAAAAUGCGUUGACAUGGGUUCGAGACCGUCAACAGUGCAUGGUGGAUGGGGUGAUUGGGGUCCACAGAGUCCAUGUUCAAGAAGCUGUGGUGGUGGUGUAAAAGCAUCUGAACGUGAAUGUAAUAAACCAACCCCUUCCAAUGGUGGUAGGUACUGUAUCGGAGAGAGAAGAAAAAUAUCCGUCUGCAAUACUUCGCCAUGCGAUCCAUACAAACCGAAUUUCCGAGCUGUCCAGUGCGCAGAGUUCAAUACAAAGCCGGUUUUAGCAGAUGGAUUACAUACGUGGCAACCUUUUUUCAAGAAUGGUAUUGAUAUUUGUGCAUUGUACUGUAUGAACGAACAAAAUGCAUUUGUCAAACUGGCACCAACUGUCAAAGAUGCAACACCUUGUAAAGCAGGAACCAAUUACAUGUGCAUUUCCGGAUCAUGCAGGAAAGUGGGAUGUGAUUGGCAGUUGGAUUCUGACGCCAUAGAAGAUAAAUGUGGCAUUUGUAAGGGUGACGGGACCCAGUGCAGUCCAGAGGAAGGCGAAUUUACCACCACGGGACUUAGAGAUUAUCAGAAAAUCGUAACGAUUCCAAAAGGGUCUCGAAGUGUUCAUGUCGUAGAAAAGGCCUCAUGCGAAAAUACUUUGGCACUAAAAACGGAAAAGGAUAAUAAAUUUUGCUUAAACGCCAAUCAUAAUGAGCAAAAAAAUGGUGAAUACAGCUGCGGAGGGGCAACAUUGAUAUACAGCCACCCGGAAGCAGACCGUGAAGAAAUUGACAUCAGAGGGCCUCUAGCUGAGGACAUUCAGCUCCUGUAUACAUUCUUUCAUCCAUCAAAGAACCCUGGUGUCACGUACACCUGGUUCAAGACGUCUAAUACUAAAGCCAAUUAUGUGCCGAAAUAUCUUUGGGAUUUCACAGAAUGGUCACAGUGCGAUGCUAAAUGUGGAGGUGGAACUAUGAUAUCAGAACCAUCUUGCAUAGAACAGCAGAAUGGAAUUGUUUCAGCGAGCUUUUGUGAAAAAUUACAAAAGCCGGAACCAAAAACCAGAGUAUGUAACGAGGAUCCAUGUCCCGCAAAAUGGAGAGUGAGUCAGUGGAGUCGUUGCAAUGCUUGUGAUGGUAAAAAAGGUACGAAACAUCGUAAAGUCCAAUGCAUAAAACCUGCAGCACGUCCCGGCGGUGAGGAUGUCCAAGCGGAUUUCAAAGCAUGCAAGGGACGCGUCCCAAAGCAGAAAGAAGACUGCAUUGGUGAUAGACCAUGUAAAACAAUGUGCCCGAAGAGGACACGAAAAUGGAAUACUGUUGAUGGCAUUGACAAAUCAACUGAUGAUAAAUUCAUCAAUAUGGGGCUAUUAAAAUACCUGGAGGGUGUUGAGAAUUCAGAAACCGAUGAUUUGAACAAAUUUGCUGAUGACCAAAGCGUCGAGGAAGAUGUUAAGAAUUUUCUGCAUGAAUUGGCUCAAAAAGACAAGGACAAACGCGCAUGCGAUGAAAAUGAUAAUUUGAUUAGGCCAAUAGAGGAGACCAUUGAAUCUAAGAAAUUCGCUACACCCAAACCUGGUUCAAUUAUACAGGACCAUAAUCCACCGGAAACAGCUGUACUUUAUGAAGUGCCGGUGAAAGAGGAAUCUCUGAAAUCCAAUUUAUCAGACGCUGCCUUCCGUGAGAUUGGCGACUCACUACCUCUAGAACUUGACACAAAUCGUCAGAAAGUGUACACAGGUGAACAAGCCGUUAAACUUAUACACGAAAUGGCUAAUGGCAAUGUUACUGAGAAUCUGGAGAAUUUCAAGAGUCGUAAUGAAAAUGGUGAUGGCACUUAUGCAGAUGCUGAGUAAUUUUAAUUAAAAAACUAUUUUAUCAGCAUUGAAUUAUACACGUGAUAACUCAGAAGAUCAAAGUGAUCAACCUUGUGCAAAGAAAGUGAAACUACACUAUGGUAUACUACCAAGUCAUCAUUCCCAACAAUCAUCAGAAGGAUCACAAAAUAUUAUUAUUGAAACUGGACGUCACCCUGAUCAGUUAAACACAAGGCAUACUAUCAAUGUUGUGUCAGACUUUAUUAAUCGAAUAGUACCAGACUCUUUUAAACUAUUGCAUCUAUUGGAAAUGUGUGUUCUUCACAUGUUAAACUACAAGACGGAAGUGAAUUAAUUAUGAUUGUAAUAUACAUUUCACCUAAUAACAAAAUGGAUCAUCUCAUUUCAUUUUUACAUGAAAGGUUAUUUCCUUAUAGUCAAACAGGUUCAAUAAUUCUUAAAGCGAAUAAACAUAAACUACCAUUAUUUUUAGCGGCAUAUUUCAGUGUAAAUUUUGCAAGAGCUGAAUCAAUGCCAUUAAUGCCAUUUCUUCAAAAAGAAUUUCAAUGGCAAAUCAAUAACGAUCCAAAAGAAUCUACUACCAAAUAUGGAACAACAAUAGAUGCUGUAUUUGUGAGAUAUCUUGAUGGUGUUUCAUCCAAUACUUUUGUAACGUACUUUAGUUAUCAUCGACCAAUCGUCACAGUAAUACCGGCAGAGGAAAAAUCGAAUAUAACUAUUAUUGAAGCCACAGAUGAAAAUAUUUAAAUUGUGCAACUUGAUACUAAUAUCGAAUUUUUAUAUCAUGUAAAUAAAUGUUUAUUAAAUAAAGUU